AAUAUUAAUUAUUCCAAAUAGUGGUAGGCCUUUUUCUGUUCAAUAUCCGAAUGUUGACACUGGAGUUUGUAUUGUUCCUCGGUGGAGCUGUAGAGAAAAACAGGAGAACUUGAUACGGGCUAAUAUGCUUAGAACUAUAUCGCAAUCCCUAACCAGGUGGUAAUCUUAAAGGAAAAACAGCGAAAUUUCCAGCGAGGUUAGAGGAUGGUAACGGAUAAUCAAGACCGAACGGGUUCGUGAUCAAACUAUGUUAGCAGAUGCGUGGUAAUCCUGGUCCGCCAUUGCAUCGUUCCACCAUUCACUUCCAUGUGCUGAAACUUAUCAAUCAGCGGCAGACAUUCAUGGAUAUAUGGGCUUUAAGGUGAAUCAGGUGCGGCGGAUUUUUAUCACUUAAUUUAUCAAAUGGAAAGAAUAUACAAUAUGGUAACCGAAUUGAUCAGCACGAUACGUUUACAAGAAACCUGAAAAUGUUCAGCGACGGAUUCUAAAUAUUCUACACAAAACAGAUAAUUGCCAAUUCAUCAAAAAAGUUUCAUUAGAUAUGUAUUUCCGGAAAUAUUUCCAUGUAUGUUUCCUCAUAGUUACAGACUGUAGAACGACAUUGAAUUUAAAGUUAGCAUAACAAAGAACGGAAAGACGUGUAUUGUACAAAUAUGAAUACUAAAGCUAUCGACUUUAAGUGCUGCGGUUGCAACAGUUGCUUCCGGACUUGCAUAUUAUUAAUUGAUGUGAAAGUAUUUAAGUGUUAACCUUUUCCAUGUUAUUACUUCACAGCAAGCAGUGCGGAGAGGUAACGGGGUCACACUGCUUUGUCAUUCGGUGCUUAUUAAUUUUACUAGGAAGUUGACGCGGGAAUAUGUUUAACAUAUCAAAAUGGUGCCUGCGACAUGUCAGCAACAUUCUAAUGGGUUUGGGCUUGGUUGUGGUGCAUUGCACCACACCGCCAAAUGGAAGUGCCUCCUCGAUUAUCUCGGCGUCCCUGGAAGGCGACGUGAUGUUGGGUGGCCUGUUUCCGGUUCACCAGAAAGGGGAGGGCGACAUGCCCUGUGGAAAGAUUAACGCUGACAGGGGCAUACAGCGAGUAGAAGCCAUGCUGUUUACACUAGACCGUAUCAAUAAAGAUCCUACCCUACUAGAGGGCGUGUCAUUAGGAGCGCGUAUAUUUGAUACUUGUGCACGAGGUACGUACGCGUUAGAACAGUCAUUGGAGUAUAUAAGGGCUUCGUUUACAUCAACAGAUGCCUCGGAGUUUAUUUGUAAUGACGGUUCCACGGCUGAGGCAAAAGACGAUCCAAAAACAGUAGCCGGUGUGAUAGGGGGGUCAUAUAGCUCAGUGUCUAUUCAGGUGGCUAAUUUACUCCGUCUUUUUAAAAUUCCUCAAAUAAGUUACGCUUCAACAAGUGCACAAUUGAGCGACAAAUCCAGGUAUGAAUAUUUUGCGCGAACGGUUCCGCCCGAUACGUUCCAAGCUCUUGCGAUGGUUGACAUUGUUCGAGCGUUUAACUGGACCUAUGUAUCAACCGUGGCAUCAGAGGGCGAGUACGGUGUAGCGGGGAUAGAGAGUUUUCAAACCAUUGCUAAAACAAAGAAUAUAUGUUUGGCUGAGACCCUUAAAGUAUCCAGCAAUCCAACGAACACAGAAUAUGAGAGAAUCAUCGACAAGCUCAAUGACAAAAAAAACGCAAAAGUGGUGAUAUUAUUUCUGCGUGAGGAGGACGCGCAAGGCAUUCUCGAUGCGGCUACAUUGCGGAAUAUAUCCGGCCGCUUUACGUGGAUUGCGGCAGACGGGUGGGGCACUCAACAAUCUCCAGUAAAAAGCAACGAGCUUGCAGCGGAAGGUGCUUUGACUAUUAUACUAGAAGCAACAGUAAUUCCAGAAUUUGAUGAUUAUUUUCUCAGUCUGAAGCCCACACAUAAUCACCGUAAUCCCUGGUUUCAUGAGUACUGGGAGAUGAUCCACAACUGUCGCUGGCCAGACGCCGUGAACCCCAUCACGGAUCCGGCCGUCGUGCUGUGCACCGGUGACGAAGUCCUCUCGAGGACCAAGUACCAGCAGGAGUCAAAAGUACAGUUUAUCUAUGACGCUGUUUACGCCAUUGCUCACGCAAUCAAUAACUUAAUGACGACGAAGAAACUGUGCAAGUCAAGGACAAAGCGCUGUGAUGAAUUGAAUCAGAUCAAAGGUUCCGACCUGAAAGGGUUCAUCUUGAACACAACCUUCAAGGACGGGUAUGGAGCGACGGUCAGUUUCGACUCAAGCGGGGACGCGUCAGGGCGCUACAGCAUCAUGAACUAUCAGCUGAACCGUGAGACGCGACAGUUCGAAUACCACAAGGUCGGCAGCUGGGUAUCCGGCCUCAACCUAGACACGGAGAGCAUCGUGUGGACGGGUGGCACGAAGGACAUCCCACUGUCGAGGUGCAGCACGCCGUGCGAAUACAAUGAGAUGAAACAGAUAGGGGAGGAUGGUGAUACAUGCUGCUGGGUGUGCGUGCGCUGCCAACCUUACGAAUACCUGAGGGAUGAGUACAACUGCGCUGACUGCGGAGAGGGCCGCUGGCCGGACGACGACCGGAAGAGCUGCUAUGACCUGGAGGAGCAGUACAUGAAAUUUGACACUGUGUAUUCUAUCGUCCCUAUAGCCCUCUCAGGACUGGGUAUCCUGGCCACAUUGUUUGUGAUCUUAACCUUUAUCAAGUAUAACGAAACCCCGGUUGUGAUGGCGUCCGGUCGAGAACUCAGUUUCAUACUGUUGUCCGGGUGCUUAUUUAGUUAUCUCAUGACGGUGAUAUUAAUAUUAAAGCCGACCCCAAUAACAUGUGCCGUACAACGAUUCGGGGUCGGAUUUGGAUUUGCUAUUAUAUACUCCUCUCUACUCACAAAGACCAACCGCAUUUCUCGGAUAUUUGACAGUGCAAGACGCUCAGCAAGAAGACCUCCGUUUAUAAGCCCAAAGUCCCAAAUAAUGAUUUCAAUAUUGUUAGUUAGUCUUCAAGUAAUAUUUACGAUAAUUUGGUUAGUGCUGGAGCCACCAGGGACUCGAUUAUAUUUCCCGAACGGGAAGCGGGAUGAAGUGAUAUUAAAGUGUAGGACAGAAGACCUUUCCUUCCUAGUCUCACUAAUUUACAACAUUAUACUUAUAAUCAUAUGUACUUUUUAUGCAAUUAAGACGAGGAAAAUUCCGGAGAACUUUAACGAGUCCAAGUUUAUUGGCUUCGCGAUGUACACCACGUGUAUUAUAUGGCUCGCGUUCGUGCCCAUCUACUUCGGAACUCUUAACUCAUUUCAGGUGCAGAUCACGACCUUGUGUGUGUCCAUCAGCCUGAGUGCCAGUGUGGCACUCGUCUGUCUCUUCACGCCAAAGAUGUACAUCAUAUUCUUCCAACCUGAGAAAAACGUCCGUAAACUCACCAUGAUGAUGAACUCCAUGCACAGAAAGACAAUUUCAGAUUCCACCCAAACUAAGUUUAACAAUUCAAUAGAUGCAAACAAUUCUUUAGAUAACGGAAAUAGCCCCGCGGAGCUGAUACGGCUGAACGUGCAGCACUUCGCCCAGAAAUUCAAUGCGGAGCCCACCACGGAGACGGUCCCUGCUACCGAGAAAGACAGUCUGACAUCACUGUGACGUGUCACAUAGACGGAUGCCAUCCGAAGGACCUGAAGUAGACGCGACAGUUGUUGGCGCUUGUAAAAAUGAACAAAAGCGCCGUUAACAUACAGUCUAGCGUUACAUGACAUUGUGUGGAAAAAGCGAUCAAAUUGCUGGCAUAAGGACACAAUACGGACCAUCAUACACGUGUAUUGAAGUCAAUCACUUACUUCGUAAUAGAAACUGGCGUAUCGGCCUUUGAUUUGAUAAACACAGGUCAUAAAGAUAUUUCAUAACAUCCCGAUGACACAUGUAUAUGUUUACGUCGUCGACGCUGUUUCCUGAAGACGAUAAUCGGAGACCAUUAUACUAUGCGAUGUUGUUACCUUUUAUCUACAACCAUCAUGAUUCUUGUGUUCAUGUAGUAAUGUUUUGUUAUCGACCAUCAGCGUUUACAUUGUGAGACAAUAUUAUUUUAACUGUAGGCGUAUUCGUGAUUAAAACGAUUCUAGAAAUGACACGGGAAGUUUUUAAGUAAAUGGCCAUACAACGUUAAUGUUUUGAUUGUAUGCCAAGCAAUUUUUGAUACAUUUCCUUCAGAUUUCAAUAGACUUGAGUGUGAUCUUAUCGAAUCAAUCUGGCAUUUUCCUACUUCCUUUAUUAAAUUGUUUCUCUUUCCUCCUGCAUUUCAAAAUCCUAUUCCAUUUUGGGGGAAGCAAUCAGAACUACUUAAGCAGUAUUUUCUUCUCUUAAUUGAUUACCGCCAUGCAUAAUUUCUUUAUUUCUCUGGGAAGAUUUUAUACUGGAUUUAUGGUCUGUGCUGGAAGCAGUCUAUAUAACCAGUUGUGUAUUAAAGGGACCAAACGAGUGAUGCUUCGUGUAUUCCAAUGUACAAUGAUCUUGUCAUGUGAUUGAGUCAGUGUUUAUCAUGUAACAAGUUGAUAUCUAGUGAACCUCUAAUGUGGGUAUUUAUAUGAAAUGAUAUUCGUUACUUAAAUUACUAAUAUAUAACAUAAAUCAGAUAAAAAAGGCAUUAUAGACUUUAAGUGUUUGCAGUUAGUGUCUCUAGUUCAGAUCAGCAAGUCAAAUGCCUAUUUUGCAAUCGUUCACGACCAAAAACAUUGUUUGUGCAUUUUUUCGCCAUAGUUUUUACAUAGUCUUUCUCAUUUCAUAAAACCGUUUUAAAUGAUAUCAAAAUAUUAUGGGGCAACCUGUCAUAAGAGCAAAUCACAACGUUGUACAGCGGAUAUCCUAAAUGCCUAGGUUUUCAUUUCAUUUUUUUCGUUCUCAUCUGUAAAUAUAAAAACAUAGGAAUAUUACAGUAAAACAUUCGUGGCAAGUUUGCUGCACACGCAGGAGGUUCUCGUAGUGAUUUAUUUGCUAAAUCGACCUGCCUGAUAUACAAUGUGUUUCACUGCGUAUUCCCAUGGAAGAGCUUCUGAAAGGGCGGGUGAUACGAAUGCAAAAAUAAUUACAAACUGCACAGUUUAAUAACCCUUAUAAAAUUUCUACUUUUACAUUCAAGCUGACAUAAUAGUUAACUUGUCCUGGCAAAUCAGUUUUUUUGUUGUUCUGGAAACUCCCACGGUUUUAUAUUUUUGUAUUCCAAAAGCGCAGCAAGGAUAUCUGUCAAUGUGACACUAAUUUCUGAUAUAUGGACCAACCUUUCACUCGUUCUAGCAUUAAGUGUCAUCACUUGAAAUUCAUUCGUUGUGAUUAGAAAUAUAAACAUUCUAGGCUCAAUGCUAAUGUGCUAUUUAAACAGGGGAACAAUGCAUUUCAUAGGAUAUGUGUAGCUGAUGUUAUUGUGUUUUACUAGAAAGCAUAACAUUCUUUCAUUACAAUGGGUCUCAAAAUCAGCUUAUCCUUGAAUUGAAAAGCUCUUACUAGUAAUGCGUGGUCAACUAAUCAAAUAGUUAUUCAGCAGUCAAAAUAGUUACUCUUCUGUUAUUUAUCAAAGUAGCUAUUUUUCUAGCAUUCAUCGCAUAUUUAUGUGAAAGCAGAGCGCGGUACGAGUGGGUAUAUUUCUUCGAACUAAAAUCUAUGUAGACUGUUACAUGUAUUUGUAAUUUUAUACUAGUCAUAUGUCUCAAUAGAAUGAUUAUCACUGUAAAUAAAAUUUAUUGUUUGACAAGUAUAGGUUGUAACACACAUAUCUGUUUGUAUAAAGUAGUAAAUAAA